UUGUUUUUUAUUUCAGUUUGUUUCUGCUCUGAUUGAAGACGUACCCUUUAAGCAUUGUAUGUUUACAAUGCACUGCAGGAAAGGAAGAAACAACAGGGAAAGGGACUAUUAUAACGAUGUCAUUACUAAUGCUAAUGUUCUUGAACUGUGUAACUGCGAGAGCAUCGGAACAAUAAUCCUGUAUAUGAACACAUUCACACAGUAAAGCUGUUUAUGACGCAGGAGGAGUUGUGAACAGGGAGGGACAUUGAAAGUGAAAGUAACAAGUCGGACUGACAGACGCCAUUUUCUCGUCGACAGAGCCGCAGCAGCAGAACAGGUAACUCUCAGACUGGAGAAGAUGAAUGAUUUAAAAGAUGAGGAGGACGGCUCAGUGUCUCCAGUCCCCAGCUGUCUGUCUCUGAAGAGUGACAGGUCUAUGGACAAACCUAUAAAGUUCAGUAAUGAACCUGGACCCUCAGACACAAAACAGAGAGCAGUGUCUCCAGUUCCCAGCUGUCUGUCUGUGAAGAGUGACAGGUCUAUGGACAAACCUAUAAAGUUCAGGAAUGAACCUGGACCCUCAGACACAAAACAGAGAGCAGUGUCUCCAGUCCCCAGCUGUCUGUCUGUGAAGAGUGACAGGUCUAUGGACAAACCUAUAAAGUUCAGGAAUGAACCUGUACCCUCAGACACAAAACAGAGAGCAGUGUCUCCAGUUCCCAGCUGUCUGUCUGUGAAGAGUGACAGGUCUAUGGACAAACCUAUAAAGUUCAGGAAUGAACCUGGACCCUCAGACACAGAACAGAGAGCAGUGUCUCCAGUUCCCAGCUGUCUGUCUGUGAAGAGUGACAGGUCUAUGGACAAACCUAUAAAGUUCAGGAAUGAACCUGGACCCUCAGACACAAAAAAGAAGAGCAAAACUCCUGUUUCUGUGGAGGAGCAGCGGUCCAGCUGUGCUUUGUGUCAGGACGUCCUGAAGGAUCCAGUCUCUACCAGCUGUGGACACACAGAUAGAGGUCUGCAGGAGGUUUUAGAUGAACAUAGGAUCAGUCUGAAGAGGAGAUGUGAACGUGUGACUGAAGGAAGUGAUGAAACAGUGAGUAAAACCCUCCUCAACAGGAUCUACACUGAGCUCUACAUCACAGAGGGACUGAGUGAAGAGGUUAAUACUCAACAUGAGGUGAAGCAGCUUGAGACAGCUUCCAAGAAAAAGACCCUCCGUGACACUCCAAUCAAGUGCCACGACAUCUUUAAAGCCUCACCUGACCAACAGGUACACAUCAGAGUCGCUCUGACGGUCGGCGUCGCUGGCAUUGGAAAAACCUUCUCCGUGCAGAAGUUCACUCUGGACUGGGCAGAGGGUUUGGAAAACCAAGAUGUCAGUCUGGUGAUUCCGCUUUCCUUCAGGGAGCUGAACUUGAUCAAAGCUGAGCAGCACAGUCUUCUCAGGCUGCUCCAUGUUUUCCAUCCAACCUUACAGAAGGUCACAGCAGAGACGCUCGCUGUCUGUCACGUUUUGUUCAUCUUUGACGGCCUGGAUGAAAGCAGACUUCCACUGGAUUUCCACAACAAUGAGGUUGUGUCUGAUGUCACACAGCAGUCAUCAGUCAACGUGCUGUUGACAAACCUCAUCAGCGGGAAUCUGCUUCCCUCGGCUCUCGUCUGGAUAACUUCCCGACCUGCAGCAGCCAAUCAGAUCCCUCCUGCACGUGUGGACAGGGUAACAGAAGUACGAGGCUUCACUGACGUCCAGAAGGAGGAGUACUUCAGGAGGAGAUUCAGUGAUGAAGAACGGUCCGGCAGAAUCAUCUCUCACAUCAAGACAUCCAGGAGCCUCCACAUCAUGUGUCUGAUCCCCGUCUUCUGCUGGAUCACUGCUACAGUUCUGGACCACAUGUUGACUACAGACCAGAGAGGAGAGCUGCCCCAGACCCUCACUGACAUGUACUCACACUUCCUGCUGGUUCAGACCAAGAGGAAGAAGCAGAAGUAUGAUGAGGGACAUGAGACGAGUCCACAGGAGCUGACGAAGGCUGACGGGAAACUUCUUCUGAAGCUGGGGAGGCUGGCGUUUGAACAUCUGGAGAAAGGAAACAUCAUGUUCUACCAAGAAGACCUGGAGCAGUGUGGUCUUGAUGCCACGGAGGCCUUGGUUUACUCAGGAGUUUGUACAGAGAUCUUCAAAAGAGAGAGUGUGAUCUUCCAGAAGACAGUCUACUGCUUUGUUCAUCUGAGCAUUCAGGAGUUUCUGGCUGCAGUCUACCUGUUCCACUGUUACAGCAAGAGGAACACAGAGGUACUGAAGAACUUCCUGGGGAGUGACUGGAAGAAUGACUCAUCCCUGGAUGUCUUCCUGUCUGAAGCCAUGCAGAAAUCCCUCAGAAGUAAGAAUGGCCACCUGGACCUGUUUGUCCGCUUUCUCCACGGCCUCUCUCUGGAGUCCAACCAGAGACUCUUAGGAGGCCUGCUGGGUCAGACAGACAACAGUCCACAAAUGAUCCAGAGAGCCAUCAACACCCUGAAGGAGAUGAGGAGUGAAGAUACCUCUCCUGACAGAAGCAUCAACAUCUUCCACUGUCUGACAGAGAUGAAGGACCACUCAGUACAUCAGGAGAUCCAAGAGUUCCUGCAGUCAGAGAACAGAUCAGAGAAGGAACUCUCUGAGAUCCACUGCUCAGCUCUGGCUCACAUGCUGCAGAUGUCAGAGGAGGUUCUGGAUGAGUUGGACCUGAAGAAGUACAACACGUCAGAGGAGGGACGACGGAGACUGAUUCCAGCUGUGAGGAACUGCAGAAAGGCUUUACUUUAUCGAUGUGGACUCUCAGAGACUGAAUGUGAAGUCGUGGCCUCAGCUCUGAAGUCCAACCCCUCCCACCUGAGAGAGCUGCACCUGAAUAUACGAUCACUGGAGGAUUCAGCAGUGAAGCUGCUGUCUGCUGGACUGCAGAGUCCAAACUGUAGACUGGAGACGCUGAGAUUGAAGGUCUUCAGUCUGUCAGAGAUCAGCUGGGCUUCUCUGGUCUCAGCUCUGAAGUCCAACCCCCCCCUCCUGAGAGAGCUGCACCUGUGGUACACCAAGCUGCAGGAUUCAUCAGUGAAGCUGCUGCGUGACCUUCUGGAGAGUCCAGACUGCAGACUGGAGACUCUCAGAUUGAUGGACUGCAGUCUGUCAGAGAUCAGCUGGGCUUCUCUGGUCUCAGCUCUGAAGUCCAACCCCCCCCUCCUGAGAGAGCUGGAGCUGUGGGACAAGAAGCUGCAGGAUUCAUCAGUGAAGCUGCUGCGUGACCUUCUGGAGAGUCCAGACUGCAGACUGGAGGCUCUCAGGUCAGUCAGGGUCCGACUCAGUCUCUGCUGGUUCAGCAGUAUUGUACUAACAGGGGGGUUAAUGUGUUACUCACGUUGGGGAAUCCCCCAGUUCUACCUUCCACUUGUAGCCUAGCUUAGCAGAACUAAUCAGUGAUUUCACUCAUUGCCUGCAGGUUCUCCUGUUCUUUCAUCUGGUGUUUCUUUUCUUUCAUUCUUCCACUAACAAUAAAACACAAGCUGACAAUGCAAAGCCAAGCAACAUGUUACAAGUUGUAACUUUGGAACUUGUGAUUUCACAGAAGAGUGAGACAGGUAGUGUGUUUGGUUUUUGGAUCCAGACUAAAGACGAGUUACUUCCUGUAAUGCAGGCUCAGAGCUGUCUGCAGUCAGUUGUAGUGUUUGCACAGAAGAUAUGAUGCCAUGUAAAGCGUUCCAUCAGUCGGCUCGUGUCAGGACUCUGAAGCGGGCUGACUCUAACAACAAACUGUUAUUUAAACCUGAGACAUAACUUUUGGGAUUGUGUUCGUCUCUACAGGAUUAAUAACGAGUUGAUCACAGCUGAGAAACACACAACAUAGGACUCCAUCAAACUGGAUGUGUGAACAAACCUGCCCGAGGAAGACAGCAAGGUGAAAGAGGAGCAGCUGCACAGUGUGAAGUAUAUUUAUGGAGCUUCACCACAGAAUCAAAUGUAGUUAUUGGUAAUUGUUUGCCUGGGACCGACCUGCAGGCUCAGCUUGUAUUAGCUCAGAUCAACUGGUCCUCCUGCUGGAGAGACGAGUGGAAGAUGGAGCAGUUCAUAUCUAAAGAUUUGAUAAUAUUGCUAAAUGCCUUGUGGUGUAAUUAACUUGGGUCACUUUUAUCAUUUAGUUUGUAAGUGUUCUGCAUUAUGAGAACAUUGUGUUAAGAUGUUCCAUUGUUAUGGUUUGUAAUUUCAUAAUGUUUUUAUAUGCACACAUUGUAGAUGUGUUUGUUCCCACGCGUCCCAGCCGGCACAGCAAGUGUUAUCAGGAGGUGUUUCAAGUCUCUCUCUCUCAGUGGGGGGCAGAGGACCAGGGCUCAGUCACAGGUUAUUGGGGUCGUAUACUUUAUGGCACCCAACCAUCUGGGGGUACAGGGCCUGUUGAUCUGUACCAGGGGUCUCCAACUCUUCUUCAUCUGAGAGAUACUUUGAAGAAAUGAAAGAGGCCAAGAGCGACUUGCAUCACAUCGCUUACAUUUACUCACAGAGCACUCAUCAGGUGAAUUAAAGUACUUUGUGUACACGUGUGAAAUUAAAAUACCCAAAGCUCAUCAACAAUCUUAACUUCACAUCAAGGUCCAAGAAAACGACUUUGUUCACAUAUUAUUCUUAUUAUGGCCACACAGUAAAUACAUCACCUUCAUCAAUACAAGCAUCUUCUGGCACAUGUACAAUAAGUGCGUUCCCUCUUUAGUAAGUUAGUGAGACGACUGCACUGCAUGGACUCCACCACAGAGGUGUAUGCUGGAGUGUGCACACUUAGGUUCCCUCGAACAGACUCAUUUAAAUGUUCAUCACUCUUGUUCUGGUCGGGUGAAUAAACAGCUGUUUUAAGUGUUGCUUGUAGCUGGUUCACCUUUUCAGUCCGUCGCGUGCAGCAGGAAGCAAAGUCACCACGUUGCGUCUUUAGCCAGCGGACACACUGGUCCCGCAGAUAAGAAAACAUUUCCUUUUCUUGUACUUGUAAUAAAGUGUAAUCUUAUCUAAACGUAAAAAAUAAUUCUACACGUUCUUGAGAACGAGUAGACUCCACUUCUUUUGUAUCUUAUAUCUUUCUGCUCUUGCUUUUUAAAAUAAAUGAAUACUUACUAUUGUGCUUUUUUA